AUGUCAGGAAGAUUGCGGGAAAUGCGGUGCGAAUUGGCAUAUUUGAAAAAUGCGGAUGGAAGUGUUUGUUUUUCGCAAGGUGCCACGUGUAUUUGGGCAUCGUGUAGCGGACCUGGUGAGAUUCUUUUUUUAGAGAAAAAUUGGAAAUAAUAACAGACUCGAAUUUAUUGAAAUCAUGAAAGAUCGCUUCGCUCAAAAGAAUUUUCGAAUUUUGAAAAUUCACUCUGAAAUCUUCACAUCAUCCCUCUUCAUUUUUUUGCAGGCGAUAUCCACCGCGCUCGCGCCAACGACGAAAAAAUGGUGCUCGACGUGAGUUUUCGCGCCAACACUGGUGACAAUAAAUUCCAUCCACUCAAUAAUAUUAUAACAUCAACACUUGAAAAAGUUAUAAAUUUGCAAUUAUUUCCACACACAACUCAAGUUAUAACACUUCAUGGAAUACAAGAUGAUGGAAGUAUUGGAGCGGCUGCUUUGAAUGCAACAUGUUUUGCACUUUUGGAUAAUGGAUUGCCAUUUGAGUGAGUUGGAAAACUAUUAGAAGAAAAAAUUUGGAACUUCUUUCGAAUCUAUAGGAAUUGUUUUUUAUUAUUCAAAAACAUCAAAUAAGGGUUUUUAUUAAUUUUGUCACUUUGUCACGUCAUAGGUAGUUUUUGGAGCCAGAAAUGAACAUUUCAAAAUGUCACUAAUCUGUUCGAAACUUUCGCCUGAAUUCUAUAUAUAUUUGCAGUACAAUAUUUUGUGGUGUCACAAUUGUUCGAAUCAAUGGUGAAUUAAUAAUUGAUCCAACCGCCAAACAAGAAUCUCAAUCCGAUGCGAAAAUAUUGUUGGCAGUUUGUCGAAAUCGAACAACAUCGGCGCCUGAAAUUUGUGCCAGUGAUACAAUCGGAGAUUUGACUAUUGAUGAAUUGGAAAAUGCUUGGCUACUUGCCAAACAAACUGCAUUAUCGAUUUUUGAAUUUUAUCGGGUUUCGUUGGAAAGAAAACAUUCCACUGAUUUUUGUUGA